AUGUCUUCAAGAUUUUCAGCUGCAAGACCAAAGCGCGCCGGCGAGGCCUUUGCCAGAUCGCACCAUGGCGAGAAAGAGGACCUGGAUGACGACGGAGCUCCCUCCAAGAAGGUCAAGUUCGACGUGCGCAACCCGUCUGCCUUGGUCGCGGACGAGCGCGAGGAAGACGACAUUCUUGACGCCGACGUAAUUGGUACCAAGGGUGGCACGGCCACCAAGCGCGGUGCGGUCAACAUUGACGGCUACGACAGUGAUUCUGACCACGAGACCUUUGACGCCCGUGCCGAUGCCAACUCCAAGGAUGACGCCGUCAAUAUCCUGGACAAGCUCGAUAACUACGACUCGAGGCUCAAGGGCGGUGCGGCAAAGGCGGCCGACGACGACGACGACGACGACAUGUUUGGGGCCGACGACAAGCCCAAGCCCUCCAAGAGCGCGGCCAGCAAAAGUGGCCGCAAAUCCAAGGAGGUGCAUUUUAUGGACAACGACAACAUACAGGGUCAGGUGGAGGAUAGCAAGAGCGGAGGCCGCAUACACAUCAACAGCGAUGAGGAGAGCAGCGAUGAUGAAGAAGACAUUGAGCUCUCCAAGCAGGAGGAGGACGUGGAUGAGGAGGUUGGUGCGGGUGGCUUGAAGAGGCACGCACCAAAGAUUGAUGCUUUCAACAUGAAGAGCGAGCAGGAAGAAGGUGCCUUUGACAGCGAGGGUAAUUUUAUCCGGAAAGCCGCGGACGCUGACGCUCUACACGACCGUUGGCUCGAUGGCAUCCGCAAGAAGGACAUGAAGAAGGCCGCAGAGGCGCAUGAGCGACGCGAGGCCGAGUUGAGACAACAACGCAAGGAGGAAGACAGCAUCAUGACCUCGGACCUGAUUAAGAAACUCAUCCUCAAUCUAGAAAAGGGGGAGAAUCCUCUUGAGGCCCUUGCCAGGUUGGGCAGGAUACGGACGAAAACUGGCGUGAAGACAAAGAAGAUACCAAAAUGGAAGCUCAAAAAACAAAACGGCGGCGCGGAUGCCAUGGAGGUAGACAAGGAGCCGGAGGCCGAGGACCCGGCCCAGACACGCGUGAAAGAAGCCAUCAAUGCCAUCACCGAGGCCGCAGAUCGACUACUUGGUCGGGACUAUCCAGAGAUUUAUGAGACAGAAAGAGAGAUGCUCGUCAGGGAGUACCGCAACGAAACGGGUGAGGAGUGGGUUGAGCCUGCUGAGGCAGACGGGGAAACAGAUGCUACGGAAAAGAUAGCAAUUGACGGCGCGGAUCAGUGGGAGUAUAGGUGGACUGAUGGUAGAGACGGAGAGGCUAAACAGGGACCUUUUGACACUGCAAUGAUGAAGGCAUGGCACGACGCCGGCUACUUCGGUGAAGGCGUCGAAUUCAGGAGGGUUGGGGAGGAUGAGUGGACGCGUGCUCCGUCCUUUGCAUAG